UCCAUUUAGAAAUUCUAGAAUCGAUUUCACACAUCUCCCAAAACAAGAAGCGCCAAGAAUUGAUGAGUAGUCAUCUUGUGGAUGUUGAACAAGUGUCCACCGCCCUACCCCCUUCCCCUUUUAAUUUUUUACUAUAUCUUCCUUCACGUAUUCCUAUAAUUUUCAGGUCGAGAAAUAGAAAUCUCAAAAGAGAAGCUUAGUAGAUUAGCACAGAGAGAGAGAUGGAUAAGUUAGGAAGCUUGAAGCACCUGUUUGUGACGGUGUUUAUGUCGCAGUUGGCGACGUUCGUGGUAACUCCGGCGAUGCCAGAUGUAACUAUGAUGGUAUUCUGUCCUGGUCAAGACCAUUGUUCCCUCGCCAUUUACCUCUCUGGUUUUCAACAAGCGAUAAUUGGAAUUGGUUUAGUGGUAAUGAUGCCAAUAAUUGGGAAUUUGUCUGAUGUAUAUGGAAGGAAAGCUUUGCUCACAGUCCCAGUGACUCUCUCCAUCAUUCCCCCAGUAAUAUUGGCAUAUAGGAGGACCAAGAAAUUUUACUGUGUGUACUAUGUGCUGCGGACGCUCACUGGCAUGAUAUGUGAUGGUGGUAUUCAGUGCGUCGCCCUUGCUUAUGUGGCAGACCAUAUGUCACAGGAUAAGCGUGCCUCUGCAAUAGGAAUUUUGGCUGGAGUUGGAUCUGCCGCAUUUGUCUGUGGAACCUUAGCUGAUCACUUCCUCUCCACUUCUCAGAUAUUUCUGGCAGCAACAAUUGCAUCAACAGCUGCUGCUGUAUACAUGCAAAUUUUUCUAGAGGAUACAGCUUGCUUUAAAGAUUCUACUGAGCAGCAGCCUAUUUUGAGAAAUGAAACUGAAGAUACUGAAUUGGAUUGCGAGACAGCGCGGAAUAUAAAGGUGUUCAAGAAAGUUCCAUCCCUGAUGAAUAGCAUUUGCUUUCUUAAAAAGAGUGCUACCUUUUCACUUGCAGCAUCUGUUGCUUGCUUGAAUAGUCUUGCAGAAGGCGGAGAACAAGCUCCAUUUCAGUACUUCUUAAAGGCUCGAUUUCACUUCCAGAAAGAUAACUUUGCUGAUGUGAUGCUUAUAGCCAACAUUUGCUCUGCAACUUCUCAGUUACUCCUCAUGCCUAUGUUGGCUCCUCUUACAGGAGAGGAGGUUCUGCUGUGCUUAGGUCUGACUGCUGGAUUUACAAACCUUCUUAUUGACAGUGUAGCACGGAAAAUAUGGAUUCCUUAUACUGCUGCGUUGCUGCCUAUAUUCACCUCCCUCGUGAAACCCUCUCUUCAGAGCAUUGUCUCGAAACAAAUUGGGCCUAGUGAACAGGGAAUUGCUCAGGGGUGCAUUUCAAGCAUAAGUUCUGUAGCUAACAUUCUCUCCCCAUUCAUAUAUAGUCCUCUGACUGCCUUAUUCCUUUCAGAAAAAGCUCCCUUUCCGUAUCCUGGCUUUAGCAUCCUGUGUAUUGGUCUUGCUUGGGUAAGUAGAUCUAUGGAACAAGCCAAUGCACUCAAAUGUGGAAAUUAUUUAUUGAUGAGGAUUGUUCCAAAUCGAGAUCUAGCUAACCCCUACAAAAUGGGUGCAAUCUUCUAGUUUUAAUGUGUAUUUAACUUAUUAUAACACAGGUGAAGUUUGUGCUUUCUGUGUAUGCAGUUGAUAGCCGUUAUACCCAGUGCAAUGAUAAAGGUGAUUCCACUCGUCUCAAGACGGUAACGACAUUGGAAGAGUAGCAGCGAGAUAUAAAUUUUGGCUGGGAUGAAGAAGUUUCCCUUGCAAACAUUAGUCUAUGUAUCCAGAAAUCAGAAACCUAUUAGAACAUCCCAUAGGCUGAGAAUUUUGCAAGGAUAUAUUUUGCCAUUUCUUGCAGGAUCACUUGGAAUGCGUUCUAUCGCAUUGUAAUGUAACUAGACACAUAUUCCACUUUAGUGAAUAUUGUAAUCAUCAAUUAUAGUUGUUAUAGUUCCGCUUAAUUG